AGGACGACCUGUCAAUUGUACGGUGUCGUAAGUGGAGCAUCUCAUCCUAUAAGUUAACGGUUCCUCCUACCCCAUGUAGGGUUUUAUUCCGAGUGCUUUCCGACUCUCUAGGGUUUACAUUUGAAUAGAUAUCUCUGUCCAUGGAUCUAACUAAGAAACGCAAGGCUGAUGAGAACGGCGGUGCUUAUCCCGUGUCCAACGAACUCGUCACAACUGCCGCCGCUCCUCCGGCACUCGGUAUUCUUUCCCCUGAAGACAUCGACAAGAUUCUUGAAACGUUCACGAAAGACCAGUGCAUUUCAGUUCUCCGUAACGCCUCCCUUCGCUACCCUGAUAUCCUUGAAGCCAUACGUUCUGUUGCUGACGCCGACGUAUCUCAGCGCAAACUCUUUGUCCGUGGUCUUGGUUGGGAGACCACCACCGACAAGCUCCGGCAGGUUUUUUCUGUUUAUGGAGAACUAGACGAGGCAAUAGUCAUAACAGACAAGGCCUCGGCGAAAUCUAAGGGCUAUGGUUUUGUUACUUUCAAGCACGUUGAUGCUGCAAUUCUUUCUUUAAAGGAACCCAACAAGAAAAUCGAUGGCCGUAUUACAGUGACACAGCUGGCGGCUGCGGGUAAUUCGGGGAAUUCACAUUCUGCUGAUGUUGCGCUUAGGAAAAUCUAUGUUGGUAAUGUUCCUUUCGAGAUUUCGUCCGAGAAGCUUUUGAAUCACUUUGCUAUUUAUGGAGAGAUUGAAGAGGGUCCUUUGGGAUUCGAUAAACAAACUGGAAAAGCAAAAGGUUUUGCUUUUUUUGUGUACAAAACUGAGGAGGGAGCUAAGGCGUCUUUACUUGAUCCGGUGAAGACAAUAGAAGGACAUCAGGUGUUGUGCAAAUUGGCAACGGAUAAUAAGAAGGGGAAGCAGCAGAAUAUGGGGCCUGGAGGUGGCCCUGGAAUGCUGAAUGCUGGACCUACAGGAAUGCCGGGUGAUGAUAGGGUUGGAUCGAUGCCCAGUUCAAAUUAUGGUGUUCCUGUAAGCGGGUUGGGUCCAUAUUCAGGGUUUACAGGCGGGCCUGGUCCAGGAAUGCAGCAGCCACCACCUCAGCCUGGAAUGGUGGCACAUCAAAAUCCACAUCUGAAUUCUGCUAUUGGUGGGCCUGGAUAUGGAAACCAAGGACCGGGAUCCUUUACUGGCGUUGCUGGUGGAUAUGCUGGCGCUGGUGGGUAUGGUGGUGGUUCUGGGGAUUACAGUGGAGGGCUAGCAAAUCCUGGUUACAGGAUGCCUCAAAGCUCCGCUGGAAUGGCUAGCUCAGGAGGUUAUCCAGAUGGUGGUAAUUAUGGUUUACAGUCGGCUUAUCCCUCGCAGGUAUCACAGCCCGGAGCCGGGUCGAGGGUUCCACCAGGUGGGAUGUACCAGGGCAUGCCUCCAUAUUACUGAGUCACUGAAGGUAGCUGCCAUUAAAAUCCUGAAUGAGUUAAUCAUGUCGUACUACAUGUUCUUAUUGUAAUUGGAAGGCAUACCUGGUGUUUUCUUUUGUUAGCCCACUUUGACUUCCACCAUUGCCUGGUGUUUUCUUUUGUUCGCCCACUUUGACUUCCACCAUUGCCUACCUUGAUGUGGAUUUAUUUUCUCCAUAACAAAAUUCGUUUCCUUGUUUCUUGGUUACUCUGUUGUCUAUUGUUGCUGAGUUGCGGUGAUGUGGAGUGGAGCGAAAGCUGUAUUUCUGAGGUGUGGUGGCAUGUGCUGCUAAUGUGUUGAAGAUCAAGGUCCAGUUGAUGUGAUAAAUGCUCCAAGGUGGAACGACCUUGUAAAAUGCCUUGAAAGAAGAAAUUUGUUAUAGUUCUAGAGUUGUAUUGUUAUAUGCGUUGAGUAGUAAGAACAAAAUAUCGCAAGUUAGUCUUUGCGAAAUUCAGCAGUACAGCAGCUGCAUACGCAAGCUUCUGGUGUUUGGUUCUCCUUUAUACUUCUAUGGUUGUUGAAAAGAAAUUAACGUAGAAGGCAAACUACAGUUUGCUUGUAGAAUGUUAUAGUCUCUGUGCUAAUGGGUGUGUCAAAAUCAAUCCGUUUGGAGGACCUAUUAUAUAUACAUCAAAUUUCUCUAA